UUCAGUUUGAAACAGGAAGCACACAGGUUCAUUCUAUCACUUAUAAGUCCUUUAAACUGUGUAACUUCAAGCAAUUUUCAUCAGAAUGGAAGUGGACUACGCGGUCUUCUUUCAGGCAUGAUUGAAGCUAAAAGCCAGCAGGGACUUCUCCUUGCCCUCAUUUCUUUGACCUGUCUCGGUUGCGUUUAUGCCUUCUGCUUGUGUUGUAAAAAGAGAUCUAUUAUGCAACAAGAGGACAACAUCCUGUAUGAGCAAAGUGAAUUCAGUGAAGAUAACAGUUCAUUUGUUCAAUCAGAAACGGUGAUAAGACAAAACCUGGGACCAGCACAGAGGCAAUCAACAGCGAGGUUACAUUGUCCUAGAAAUGAAGGCCAGCAAAUCCACACCAGUUAUCAGAACCUUCCUAAUGCUGGCACAUUUGAACCAACAUAUGUGGACCCGAUUCCAGAUUCCCUUUAUGUUAAUGAAGAUGAUUCAGAUCCUGGAACAUACGAGAAUGUUUGGCGAACAACAGUUGUUCAGCACGACUCAGAUAGCAAUGAAUAUGAAAACUCUGAUUUUCUGAAAGGACAAGCGGAUGAUGAUUCAGACUAUGUGAAUGAAGUCAAGGAGCAUAGAUGAACACUUUUAAAUGUGACCUGACUAAAAUGAGACUCCAGUUCAAUUUUUGCUGAUAUAUAUAUUUUUAUAAUUAUUUAGAAAGAAUAGAACAUAGUUUCCUAUUUAUAUGUUGUUGUGCCUAAAUAAAAAGCACCUGUUACUUAUGUUUAUCGUGCCGUGUGCAUGCGAGAUGUUUUCUUUUGCUCAUUAAUAAAGACAUUGAUAAUGUUAAAUCCAUUUUUAUUAUAAUUUAAUCGUUAACUAUUAAAACACUAGACUAACUACAAAAUACAAAAUAGAAAUUUUAAAUGAUUUUAAGCAGAUUAAAUUGCAUGAGCGGCAUCUGAACUAAACAGGUACGGGGGGCAUCAUAAACACAAAGUGGAUUUGCACUUGCGCUUUCACUCUUAAAAUAAAUUUAUUUUUUACACAUUUUUUAUGUUAUGCUGUUUAACACAUUGUGUCAUUUUGUGUUAAUUUUGUUAAAUUAAAUAAACACCUCAACACAGUUGUGUUAAAAGUAACUUUGUUUUUCCAAUAAUAACACAAAGAUGUGUCUAGUUUGGAACAA